GCUGAAUCACCAUUAUCUGUACGACGAAAUCGACAGCGAGCACGAGGGUUUCACGCGGCUGUCGGUCAGCGUGAAGUGGUGAAAGGUUGUGCGCAGUCGGCGCCCCGCCCCUUGUUGCGCCCCGCCCCUUGUUCUUUCACUCGUCACAAUUCAACGAUUUCUCCGUUGACGGUGGAGACACCGAGGGUGCCAUGGAACCGCCCUCCAUCGCAGAGCAGCGGGCAACAGCCGUAGCUAUGCUCAAGCGUGCUGCAUCUCUCCCACGCAUGAAGGACGGAAGACGGCCCCCGAUGCACGUCCAAGCGGUCAGCGAAGGAGAACGAGCCGAGAAUGACCUACCAGACGAGGAGAGUGCGCCAGAUUCGGACGAGAAGCCCGACGCGUCACCUGGACGCACGGAUGUGGCAGAGCGAGUCGAUCUUGCGACGAGGACGGAAGCCGAACCGGAAGCAGAGCAGGAUGAGAAAGUCGAGGAACAGCCGCGACAGCCGCGGCCGGAGGAGCGGCUUGAAGACAGGGCUGAGGCAAUCGACGACAAGGGGGGCGACGUGCCCCCGUCUGACGGUCCCCCAGAGCGACCUUCGACUCCUGCACGCAAGCGUCGUUCACGCUCACGAGCACGCUCGAGGGGGUCGAAAGACCUGCGUAAUAAGCCCAAGACCCCGCCGCCAGUCAAUAACGAGUCGUCCGCAGACGAGUACGUCGCAGAGGACGUCCCGCCCUCGCCUCCCGUUGUAUCCCCCAUCCCAUCACACUUCGCCGCCUUUCCAUCAGCGGGCCUCCUGCGCUCGGCAAUUUCUCCGGUGCCAGGUAUGUUCUACCCGAUGACGUCGCCCUCGACACCGAUGAUGCCCCCCACGCUCGACGAGAUCCAGAAGGGCCUUUUCCGCUCAAAUAGUGUCGGUGCACAGAGGAUGAUGGCUAUGUCCAAGCUUACAGGGGAGCCGAUAGACAUGUCGCUCGCACAAACGGUGACGCCAUUAGGCCGGAGCAACACUGUCUCCGGAGGCGAACGCGGAGAAAGAGUUGCAGCCCGGCGGAAUCUGCUGCGCCGACUUGGAGAGCGCGUCGAGAAGGCGGACGCAGACCAGACAAGUGGAACGGAUGAUCUUUCUAGGCCUGCGACGCCAGCUACAGUUGCGCGGAAGAAAAAACGAAGAUCACGUAGGAGCAACUCCAGGACAUCGACCGUCCUUGACGAUCGCGAUGACAGGGAGCAGACAUCGACGUCGCCCAACACUCCCGUCGUCCUCACUGAGCCGCUUGCCCCGCCUUUUCACGCGGUAAUCGGGGAUUCGCACGCAUUGCCCGAUUCAAGCAAGACACCGGUGCAGCACCAGUCGCCGCCGGACGCAUCCAUGCCGCUUGGUGGUCGAGGUGUCGUUAUAGAGGAUGAGGACGAAGAUAUGGACAGAGGCGCAGCCGACAAGGUGUCUAGUCUGCCAACUACGCCAGCUCGGCGCUUCGGACAGCGGUUGCCUUAUAUCUCGGAUGUGUCCUCUCAGCUCUCAAGCGAGUCGUUAUCCGCUGUUCCCGUCCCGUUCUAUAUGUCUUCACAGCAGACCUCCCACAAGCAGGACGCGUUCCCGGCGAGUCCUUUCGCGACACCAUUGCGAGAGAAAGUAUACUUGGUGGACGAAGACGAAGAGUCAGACGCAUACCGCGAGCUCCGAGCACAUGCAUCAUCAAGGCAAGCAUUUCCCAGGGAUAGUGACAUCAGUUGGGUUGCAGAGCCAGUGCCUCGGAUGCCUAUCAACGAUGAUGACGAAGACGACGACGACGACGCGGAAGAAGAGCCUGAGUCUGAGCACCAAGAAGCCGUUCCCCAAGUUGAAGAGCCCGAGGGUCGGCCGUCGGAUGAUCAGUCUUCGCAGAGCUACUACCCUACUUCGCUCACCACGGCGAGUGCAUCGAAGGAUUUGCUCGUUGAGAUUGAGACGUCACCCGAGAUGUCUCCUUCGCAUAUCCCGCCUUCACCAUCUUCCGCUAUCGCCUUGUCAUUCUCAAACCAGAUCGAACCUACGGCCGUCGUACAACCUCCAUCGCCUGUCUAUCCCCGCCGCCUUUCGGUGACCACUCCUGUACAACAGCCUGAGCCGUCUCCAUUGGCGACCGAGUUCCAGGAUUGGGAAGACAACCGGACGGAUGCGACGCCCAAGCGUGGCGGAGAAGGCAUGUCACCGUGGGAGCGCGUGAAGGGUGCAUUCUCAAGGAGUAACUCCAGCAGUGGACGCAGAUCUCGGACGAACAGCAUCGGCCAGCGGGACAGGAGAUACAACACGGACUCAAGCGUCAGCCGAGAGAGCGGGGCCAGUCAGACAAGUGCAACCAAAGGAGACCGUUCGAGUGGGGUCGCGCAGCAGCCUCCCGCCCAGGCACCAGGACUCAUGCAAUCACCCUCCGCUUCGGCUUCUAUCUUGUCUCUAGCCCCUCUCGGCGCACCUCCAGGCGGCGUAUCCCCUGUGCCAGCUGCCUCUUCCGCGGAUUUACUCAAGUACCAGGACUCGAAGCUCUUCCCCUUCCCGGGCAUGAUGAAGCAGCUCGAGGAGAAGCGGAAUAAGGCGAAGGGUCUAACCACGUCUGCUUCUUCACCCGAUAUUUUCAGUCCUGGUGGCAUCGAGGCGACCCCAAGCUCGAGUUCGUCUUCGAGCGCCACGACCAAGGUCCCAGAAGGCACGCGAGAUCGGAAGAUAUCUCAUCAAGUGUCCGACACGAGGCUCUUUGAGAAAUUCAGCACCACAAAGGGACCGUCUCCAGUUUCGUCCGUCCCGUCGUCGGGCUCACAUGCAGAUUACUUCAGCCUCGGCUCAGUCACGUCGAAUACGACUAGCGGUACGAGCAACUCUGGCUCCUUGAAGCUACCUACCAACGUUGAAGGCGUUCGGAAAUGGCUAGUGCAAAGAAGAUAUUUUCGUCCGUCCCAGUCCUCGGCGCCAUCCACACCUAGCGCCACGACCAAUGGUCACAGCCCAUCAAGACCUCCCCCAUCGAAGAAACCGUCUCUCACCGCACUGGCGGAUCUUGACUCGCUCGUCAGCCGUAAAGACAAAGAUCUCUCUUCUGAUUGGGAAGACAUUGGUAGCGACAAAUCUCAAACGCCUGUCAGUGCCGCCACCCCACUGUCAGCUAAGCGCCUAGACGAGCAGUACCCACCACAACUUCCAUUGGAACGUCCGGAGCAACCGCAAGGUAUCCGCAAGGCAGAAGACGCCGCUCCAUCAUCGAGGGUUGUCCAUGCCAACGGUACUGAGAUAACAGCGCUGCCAUCUCCUCCAGAGCCCCCAUCAUCCGCGACACCGGAUCCACAGUCGUCGCUAGACGAAUUCCCCGCUAGGUCGAACUCCGAAUCAUUUUCCUCCGACAUGUCUUUACCUAAUUCUCCAGCACUUGCCACGCAUGACCCGAGUAGAGCAGCUGUCAUCAUGGGGCGCCUGGACGAGGCGCUCGGCCGUGGGUCAAAAAGCUCUAUAUGGCCACUCGCUAUAGACGAUCCUCCACGGAAACUUGUCCUAUCUUCGCCAGUCUUGCAGGUGGCAAAUGCGAACACGGUCAAGGAUCGCUUCCUUUUCCUCUUCACUGACGUUCUUGUCAUCGCAAAGCCUGUGAUACAAGACCAGGACGCGCUCUUGGACGCGACAAGGCCGACACCCCUCGACCGCAAAUUCAUUGUCAAGAACGUUGUAUUACUCCGCGACCUGAAGUUCAGCUCAGACCGUGAGGACUCACACUCGAGGACGGCGCUGACCACGAGCCACAUGCGUUACCAGGUCAUCCGUACGUUCGUGCACCAGUUUACGAAGGAUUCCGACAUGGCGAUCUCUAUGCUCUUCGACAAAUCGAAUGCGAGAGAUGACCCAAUUGCUUUGGGACAACUGAUGUUCCGCGCUGUUGAGUUAGACCGUGCGCGGUUAGGCGAAUAUCUUGCUCGGCGGACAUCGAAGAUUGUCCUCAAGGCAUAUGUGGACAGCUUCGGUUUCGCCGGACUGCGGAUCGACAAGGCUUUGCGGGUAUUCCUGUUGUCCAUCUGCAUUCCUUCCAAGUUAGCUCUGGAAUACCUUCUCGAUGCAUUUGCCAGUAGGUGGUAUGAGGCGAACGCAGGCAUAGUUGCGUAUGACAAAGAUCUUGCCAUUCGCUUGGCACGCGCGAUCGUCCAAGUGAACGAAGUCAUGCAUGGUGGCAUCGCUCAGACGAUCGGGAUCACUGGAUACCCCAGGCGCAACGUACUCGACCGCGAUUUCAUUGACGCUUUCCGGCGCUAUGACCCUCGUGGUCUUGUGUCAGACGAGCUCCUAACCAAGAUAUACACAGCCGUCCGACGGGAGCGACUCUCUCAGUCACGAACGUCAUACGAAUCCAUCCCAGAUCUCGCGAUCUCUCUCAAGCGACCUCUACCACCGCGUCUGACCUAUCGCAUGCAGUCUGAGCCUAUCGUCCUGCGCGUACCUCAGCCCGACCCCCAGCUCAACAUUCAGCUCUUUGGUCAAGACCUCAUGUUUGAUCCCCCUGUGCUCAGCUUCGCUAAGUCUGCGGAGGCAUCGUUCCGUGUGACAGGCACCUCACUCGGUCCGAAGACCAUCGUCAUGUGGCGAUCAGGGCCAAACGCCCUGGCGUACUCUGGCCUGCCACUGAGCAGUCCGGUCCAGGUCGAGCGAUCCUUCAUGCGGAAUACGUUCCAAGUCGCGUUCAAGAGCCAUCACGGGGAGAAGCGGAAAUACAUGUUCAGCGUCGACGACCCUCUUAUCCGCCAUCAGUGGGUAGUGUCUUUGAAACGGCAUAUCGACAUCGCUUCGGCACGUCCGCCUGUUGCGGAGGCCUCAGGUUCGUCGUUGAAAGUCAAGGGGGCCAUCGAGGCCGUGACGCUACGUGUCCUACAGGACAUGCUGAUCAACUCAAACGAGUCUUCGCAUUCUGGGCUUUCCCCCUCAGCGGUCGAUCAUGCGCUUGCGAAAUUGACUAGAAACGCAUCGCCGUACGGAAACGGCUUCCUCAACGCCAGCCCGUCCAACCUUCAUCGCAGGAGCAAAUCUCGGAGUCAAGUGUACCAUCGACACGGUGCUGGAAGGCAUGAGCCGGAAUUUGAGGACGACUCGGACGCUCACGACGAGACCUUCUUGCGCCUGGAUGUCUCGUCCUCGCAACGUCCAGGGGAUAAAUUGUGGACAGCGAACGAUCUCGAAGUUGUCUGUCGUCAAAACAGCUCGAUACCUUCUGUAUUGGAGUACCUCCAUGUCGACGGCGCCGUCUCAUAGCCUUAGCGACCGGUUUUCUCGUGUUUAAUACUUCUGUAUCAUAUUCCAUGUCGGUGCUAUCCAUGUCCAUCCUUGCUGUGUAUUCAUAAUGUUCUGUCACAUCUCAUGCUACUGUUUGUUUGUUAGGUCAUUUGCUUAUUUAGAUAGGUUAUCCCCUCACAGUCGCUAAUCCUUCUCGAUCUUUUUCAUUGUUCCAUACGCGAAUGCACACAUUAUCAUCA